UGAAAAUGUAAAUAAUUGGAUAUUUGCAUUCAGAAUUUAAAAACAAAUUAGGAGAUCCAAGAGACUACAACAUCCAGAAGGCAGUGGAAGAGUGACGGAAUUUCCUCUGUGGAGACGUGGCCCUAAAGAAUAAAGAUGGAGCUGGAGGCUAUGACCAGAUACACCAGCCCGGUCAAUCCUGCUGUCUUCCCACAUUUGACAGUGGUCCUUCUUGCAAUUGGAAUGUUCUUCACCGCAUGGUUUUUUGUAUAUGAAGUAACUUCCACCAAAUACACCAGGGAUAUCUACAAAGAGCUGCUGAUUUCUCUAGUAGCUUCUCUUUUUAUGGGGUUUGGAGUACUUUUCCUCCUCCUCUGGGUCGGGAUCUAUGUAUGACUGGAGCAGGGUGUGCGUGGAGAGAAAUGUGAGACCAUUCCUUCAGGAUAUGCUGCUUUCACACUGGCUUGGUUGUGGUCUCGAUGCCUGUGGAUGUCACAGAAGCAAGAGGCCUUUAAGAUCUACUGAGUAGCUCCUGGAUUUUUUUUUAUCACAGCCUAUUGUACUAACAAAAAAUAAAAAAAAUCUUUGUUCACA